AACUUGAGAAUCCGUCGCAUUUAUCAUAUUUAACCAGUAAACAUGUAGCACAACAAGUGGUCGCUUAGUCACUUGCAGUCACGUUGCGAACUUCGGAUCGAUAAUGUCAUCGUCCGGCAAAGUUUACCUCACGCGUCGCGAACACUUUUCCGCAUGUCAUCGCCUACACAGUCCGCACCUCAGCGAUGAGGAAAACGCCAAAGUCUAUGGAAAAUGUAACAAUCCAAACGGACACGGCCACAAUUACAAUGUGGAAGUCACACUAUGCGGGGAAAUUGAUCCACGCACCGGAAUGGUGUAUAAUCUCAGCGAUUUGAAACAAGAUAUUGCGAUAGCGAUCAUGGACGUCGCGGAUCACAAAAACCUCGACAAGGACAUUCCAUAUUUCAAUAAUAUACCGAGUACAACCGAAAAUCUCGCUGUUUUCUUGUGGAAUAAUCUUUCUAAAGCAAUGAAACAGCCGGAUUUGUUGUAUGAAGUUAAAAUCUGGGAGACAGAGAAUAAUAUUGUCAUUUAUAAAGGUGGAGAUUAAAACAGAUUACAUAAAUAUGUGUAAUAAACUUGUUUGGAGCUAAACAAA